GGCUUUUGGCUUCCGGCUUCCGGCGGGGCGUGCGGCUUCCGGCGUCAUGGCGGCCUGAGCCCGGCGGUGGCGGCGGCGGUGGCGACGCGCGGUGGGCCUCUCCCUGCGGAGCGGCCGGUGGCUGCGAUGUGACCCGCGGGCGCGGCCGGCUGCCGGGCUUCGCGUCAGCGCCGCGCCGCCCUCAGUCCGCGCGGAUGGCGGGGUCCGGGUGCGCGUGGGGCGCCGAGCCGCCGCGCUUCCUGGAGGCCUUCGGGCGGCUGUGGCAGGUGCAGAGCCGCCUGGGCAGCGGGUCGUCGGCGUCGGUGUACCGGGUGCGCUGCUGCGGCACCCCCGGCUCGCCCCCCGGCGCGCUCAAGCAGUUCCUGCCGCCCGGCGCCUCCGGGGCCGCCGCCUCGGCCGCCGAGUACGGCUUCCGCAAGGAGCGCGCGGCGCUGGAGCAGCUGCAGGGCCACCGCAACAUCGUGACCCUGUACGGGGUGUUCACCAUCCACUUCUCCCCGAACGUGCCGUCCCGCUGCCUGCUGCUGGAGCUGCUGGACGUCAGCGUGUCGGAGCUGCUGCUGUGCGCCAGCCCCCAGGGCUGCUCCCUGUGGGCCAUCCAGCACUGCGCUCGGGACGUGCUGGAGGCCCUCGCCUUCCUCCACCGCGAGGGCUACGUCCACGCCGAUCUCAAGCCGCGGAACAUCCUCUGGAGCGCGGAGAGCGAGUGUUUCAAGCUCAUUGACUUUGGCCUGAGCUUCAAAGAAGGCAAUCAGGACGUGAAGUACAUCCAGACGGACGGGUACCGGGCCCCGGAGGCAGAGCUGCAGAACUGCCUGGCCCAGGCCGGCCUGCAGAGCGACACGGAGUGCACUUCGGCUGUGGACCUGUGGAGCCUCGGGGUCAUCCUGCUGGAGAUGUUCUCGGGGACAAAGCUGAAGCACACGGUCAGGUCUCAGGAGUGGAAGGCCAACAGCUCCGCCAUCAUCGACCACAUGUUUGCCAGUAAGGCGGUGGUGAACGCCGCCAUCCCAGCCUACCACCUCCGGGACCUCAUUAAAAGCAUGCUCCAUGACGACCCGCGCCGGCGAGUGCCCGCCGAGGCCGCGCUCUGCAGCCCGUUCUUCAGCGUCCCGUUCGCCCCUCACAUCGAAGACCUGGUGAUGCUCCCCACCCCGGUGCUGAGGCUGCUCAACGUGCUGGACGGCGACCACCUGGAGAGCGAGGAGGGCUACGAAGACGCCGUGGAGGACGUGCGCGAGGAGUGCCAGAAGUUCGGGCCCGUGGUGUCCCUGCUGGUCCCCAAGGAGAGCCCUGGCCGCGGGCAGGUCUUCGUCGAGUACGCGAACGCCGGCGACUCCAAGGCGGCCCAGAAGCUGCUGACGGGCAGGAUGUUCGACGGGAAGUUCGUGGUGGCGACCUUCUACCCGCUGAGCGCCUACCGGCGGGGCUACCUCUACCAGACCCUGCUCUGAGCGGCGGCGCCCUGGGCCGCGUCCCCGCGCUCCUCUCCGUCUCGUGGGUCCCCAGCAGCUCCCCUCGCCCGGGGCGGGGGGCUUCUUUGUACAUUUGUGUUACCUGCGCAGCUGCAGGCGCCGGGCAGGACGGGGCCCGGCUGCUGUCCCAGGGGGCCCCUUGCUGUGGGUGGUGCGCUGGGGGGGGGGGCUCCCCCGUGUGUGGCUCGGACUGCCGUCGUGCGGGUGCUCGUGAGGCAGGGGCGGCUGCUGGGCUGCAGCCGGGGGGGGGGGCGGCUCCCGUGUCGUCCACGUCCACGUCCGCGCGGGCGCCGGGUGCGCCGUGUCCCCCUCUGCCCCGCGCUGCUCUGCGGACGCGCCGGGGAGUCCCGUGCCGAGCGUCCCCGCAGAGCAGCCGCAGUGAGCCCGUCGGCGUGUACGUGCGCGCAUUAAGGCUUUUAAGGCAGGAAGCAGGUGCUUGGCGUCGCGUGGCUUGCUGUCCGGGGUGUGUGCUCCCGCGGGUGCAGGUUUCCUGCGGGUGCAGGUGUGAGUCCUGUGAGCCGCGUGGCCCCCGCCCCCUCGUCCCUGCGGUGCGCGCCUGUCGGGGCGAGGGCCGGGCGCUCCGGGGCCACCUGUGUGACGGGACCUGGGGAGGAGCCAGCUCCGGCCUGGGAGGCGCAGGCGGGGGGGCCAGACCGGGCCCCGCCGGGACUCGCGUGACCCAGCGGGUGGGUCCCGUGCCUGUGCCCUUCCUGCACCUGCGCUAGCUAGACCCUCUGGGAGCCCCUUUCCGCGGGGUGUGCUGUGGUUGUCGUUAGCUUUCCCACGGUGCAGUUCGCCUGCUGUGACAGAAAACGGAGGUGGUCUGGAGAAGGAAGAGUGGGGUGUUCGGUGGAGGGAGGAGAACCCCCAGAGAUAGACAGUGGGUGACCAAGGGCUCUCCUGCUCCUGCUGCUCCCCUCCCUCCCACGCCCACCCUCCGCCCGGCCCUUCCUCCGCUGAGGGCAGGGCCGGAGGGACCACGCCCCACGCGGCCUGGUCUGGAGGCAGGGCAGCUCCGGGCGGUGCAGCUGCGCAGGGGAGCGAGGAGGGACGGGUGGAGAGGCCCCCCCCACUCCCCGCAGAGAGGGUGCUGGGUGCGAGGUCCUGCACACAGCUGGUCACGGGCUCCCUCCCACCUCAGGGGGUUGUUAAAGUUCAGGAAAUCUUCAUAAAGCACUGAUUAUAUGUACACGAAAUAGGAUACAGAGUAUGGGUUUUUCCUUGCUAUUUAUUUGUUUUUUUCCCGAGGGAGCCGGCUUUCACCUCUUUCCCUGCUGGCAGCCUCCUGCCUGGGCUGUGAGGUCCCCGAGAGCCCACACGGGGCCCCCGGGGGAGGGGAGGGGCCCGCUGCCCUGCUGGUCCCGCAGGGACCGCUUGACGAUGUGGGGACCACCAGCUGCCCGUGGCUCAGGCCCCCUCCAGCGUGCACAGGGAAGCCGGGCUUGGUGUGCGGGGGCCAGCACAUGAGUUGCCCCAGGCCUGGGCCCCAGAGGCGCAUGCCCCCGCGAGCUCCCGGUAUGUGCCCUUCCAGGGCCCUUCUGGCGGCGGGCGGGCCAGGCUGCCUGCAGAUGCCCAUUCGGGAGGGUGCGCCCCGUGCGGCUGACGCCUGCGCCCUCCUGGGACAGACGUGGGGGUGUGGGGCCGCCUCUGGGCGACGGGGCGCAGGUCCCACCGGGGGUCCUGAUGGGCGUGUGUGUCGUGGGCGAGCGCGCGGGCCUCUCAUUCCCCCGCCGCUGCCUCCAGGAGCCGGGUCCCGGGCGGGCUGCAGGUGGGCUGCUGGGCACGGCGGCGCGGGGGCCGCGCACGCCCCGCGCUGGGUCUGAUAGCGUUUCGCAUCUCCGUCCUGCCCUGUGCUCACACUGGGACGUGGCCGCCCACGCUGGAGGGCCCCGUGGCGGGAGAUGCUGACCAGACUCGCAGGGAGCGGAGGGAACACUCGAUGAGCCUAAGCAGCCGCUUACUGAGUUGGAUGUUUUAUAUUAAAGCCACAGAGUUGGAAAAAGAUGCCUCCUGUGAUUUAAAUUAUUUUAUCCCUAACCCUUAGCCUGUUGCCACCAAAGAUGACAUUUGUAGAUUUCUCCUUCCUCUUCUCGUAUUACCAGAUGUGCAGUCUUAGUAUCUUUCUAAACCUCAACCGAAUAUUAUCAAAGAUGCAACUUUCAGAUUCUGUUAGGGUGAGAUGUGUACCCAGAGACUCAGGCCCUUUGACGUUGCUGAAACCCUAGGGAUUCUGGGGCGUCGGGUGAGGAGUCCGGGGGCCGGGUCUCCCCGCCCCACCCCUUGGGAACGUGGGAUCUCAGGUAGUUUUUCUCUUCCUAAGUCGGUGUCUGUGCCCCCCCCCCCCUUUCUCUGGUAUCCCUGGUGUUGAGGUGUGUUUCUGCCAGACAGGCCUGCCGGCGGGUUCUUUGGGGGCGUUUUGGUGGCCAGGAGACCUCUGAGGGGGUCGAGUCGAGACUUUGAGGAGGUUGGCAGGUAGCGCCUCCCCUGCUGCAGCGCUGGCGGGAGGCAGUUUCGAGGCGGCACUCGCCCGGAGGGAGGAGGAGAACCCCGCUCCGCCCCUGUGUCCUCCUCCGGGGGGACCGCGGGCCGCGGUGGCUCCAGAAGGGGCCCGAGCCUGGCCGUGCGCGAGCCCGGGCGGCCUGCUCUCUGGCACCCGGCCGCCGGGGCGCAGCAGUCCCUGCAGAAGUCAGAGGCGGCUCUGAGGGCCGCGUUGCUGUGUUGUUUCCUCCCCUCCCCCACGCGGGUUCCUCGCGAGGGGCGCUGCCGCGAGCCCGCCUGUCCUCCCCUCGGGCCGCACGUCGGGCUGCGCGACACACGCGAGGCCUGUCUCUCCGAACCUCCUGGGUCCCCCUGGGCAGCGCGCCUCCUGUUCUGUGCUGUCCUUCAAUGAAGAUCAGCACCGCGGUGACAGGCAGCAGCCGGGCAGUUUGGUUCUGGGUGAAGGGGUGCUCAGGAUCCCGGCCGUCUCGCCAGGCCGGGGCUGUGUUUUAGGGCGGGGUGGGGGGUGCAGGUGUGUCACCGCGAGGCCUAGUCUGUUGGUGAGCGGCGGUCUCACUGGAGCAAGUGCCUUGUGGUUCCCGGAAGACGCGGACGCCCCUUGGGGUGCGAGCUUCCCAGGGGCCGACGGUCCGCUGCCUCUGGGUCUGCUCUCGGGUGUGACCUGCGGACUUCCUGUGAAGUGUGCUCACACGCACAGCAGCCUGGGUCCCGCCGCGGCUCCAGCUGCCAGCGAGCCCCCUUUCCCGGGGCAGGUCGCCUUUCCUGCGGGUCUGACUCCCGGCUGCCGCAGCCUGGAGACCCCGCCGAGCCGGGGGGUGAGCCGAGCCGCCUUCUGUCGGUCGCAGGGGGGUGUGGGUGUCCAGUUCCUGAGGCCCCUGGAAGGUGGCGGAUCCGGCCUGGUUUCGUGGAGGGUUAGCUGCUUUCUGCCCGACACCGACGGGGUGCGUUGUAUCUGUCCCUGCACUUUCGUUUGUGACGGCUGCUCACGCUGCCCGUGAGGACCAGUGGGUCCCACAGCGGUGGGCAGUUGGCAAGCGCUAGGGGUAUUUAAGAAGAAGGCAAAACAGUCUUAACUGUGUCUGCUGUUAGAGGAUGUUCAGGAGACUUUAUCUGUGAUGGGUGGUCAUGGGGGGAUACGGGGGGUGGGGGCGCAGCCCUCCUAACCCCUGUUCCCCUGAUGAGAAGCUUCCGCUCCUCCCCCUGCAGCGGGCACCUCGCGCCUCCCGCUGCUGGGAGGGCUCACGCUCUGCAUCUGCCCCGUCCGUGCUUUUCCGAGCUGCGUCCGUGGCCCCGUCAGUGCUAGGAUCCGUGGGAAACUCGCCGGGUGACUGCCGGGGCGGCGCGUCCCGUGGAGCAGAGUCGCCGCCCGUGCCCCGGAGCAGCCGUGGCCGCCCCGCAGCUGCGCGUGGCCCUGACCCGGGGGGGCAGUGUCUCACUUCAGGGCCCAGGGAGGCAGCGGGUCUUACCUGCCUUAACGACCUCGCAUCCUUCUGCAGACAAGAGCGAAUGUUGUUCCACUCCUCGUGUGGUGAAGAGAAGCCACGUUCUGGGUAAAAGGGAAGACCGAGACUGGAAUUGCUCGUUCUCGUGCUUCAGGGCCACUUGUGGUGGAAAACUCGGAGCCCAGCCCGGCCGUGCGGCCCUGGUGGGGUCGCUGCUGGGCGCUGGGGACGGCCAGACGCCCGGGCCGGGCCUCGCGGCGGGUGGGGCUCCCCCAGCAGGUCCCCUCCUCUCCCCUUCGUUCCUUCCAGACGGGUUCGGAAAUCUCCCGUUCCCACCGGCGCUCCUGGCCGCAUCCGCCUGGGGGCAGGUCUUCCCCAGCCCGUCUAGUCCUCCCGGCCGCCCCAGGCUGGCUGUGCGCGCUCCGUGGGCGGAGGGGGGCAGGGGAGGCUCCGCGCCCAACUGUGCCCCCUCCCGGGUUGACCCCUCCCCUGAGGGACCCCCUCCCCGCCGGCCCCUUCCACCCGCGCCCAGAGCCGCCCGCACAGUGCACGGUCCCGCGCGGUGACCGCGUCUCACCACCCGGUGGGGCUCCUCGCGUGCUCCCUGCCGAGAGGGUGUCUGCUCGAGCCCCAAGUCUGAUUUCUCGUCGAGUCUUUAACACUUUUUUCCUUGCCGAGUAGCAACGAACCUUUUCUUUGCACUUUCCCGAGCACCUAAGGAGGCCGGGCCUGUGUCCCCGCGCGCGCGCUGCGCGUGGUUUCCGCGGAGACGCCCGUCCCCUCCGCUGCCUCUUUCGGUCUCGUGCUGUGAACCGACCCGUAGGACGCACCGCCGACGCGCGUCCCGGUGUGUGUGUGACGAGGUGACACAAUAAAGCUCACACCUGAAGGAGCGGC